UUAGCAUUUCCCUUUUUAUAGACAGACAUCUACCUUUCUCCUGCUUGCCAGGCAGGAAGCACUGGACUAUUGUAUAUGGCUCUUCUCUCUCCUGUGAGAAGAUACCUCAUCAGCCUACAGGGUCAGGGGUCCCUCAUUGGCAUACAGAAACCAUCACCCUGAUGAUGGGGCAUCAGCUGAUCCUCCAAGACCCUGCUGUGGACAGCUCAGUCCUGGUAUCCAUGCGGCCUGCCAAGGGAAAUGGCAACCCAUUCUGGUGGGAUUUAUUGGAGCCAUAGGAGAUGCCUACUAAAAGAUGAAAAGACUUUGAGGGGUAGGAGGUGUGGCUCAGGUGGUAGAGCACCAGCCAAUGAGCAAAAGCAACCAUCAGAUACUGCAUUUGAGUGCUGGUUGAACAGAAGAAAAUAAAAGGACUUUGAAAUGGGAACACUUUUGCAGGUCCUGUCUGAUAGGCGAGGUGAGUCUCCUAAGCUGCAGCCAGAUUCCCGAGCACUGUACUACAUGAAGAAGCUCUAUAAAGCCUAUGCUACUAAAGAGGGGGUUCCGAAAUCCAGUAAGAGUCACCUCCACAACACUGUCCGGCUCUUCACUCCCAGUACUCAGAACAAACAGGCUUCUGGAGACCAGGUGACAGGCCUGCUCCCCUCUGACGCCCUGCAGUUCAACCUGGAUCGCGUGGCUGCCGUGGAGCACUUACUCAAGUCCGUCCUGCUUUACCCGUUCAACACCUCCAUCCCUCCUCCCUCUGCUCUCACGUGCCUGUGCAUCCUGGCCAUCCACGAGUCCAGAUCGAGCCCAGCUCCGCUAUCCUGUACCGUGAAGAAUCACAAAUGGAUGGAGAUCGACGUGACCCCUCUCCUGCAGCCCCUGGUGGACUCCCGUGAGCGCAGCAUCCACACCACAGUCAGUUUCACCUGUCGGCUGGCCCAGCCACCGCAUCCUUCAGGCCCGGAGGGACCCCUCCACACGUCUCGCCUGGUGCCACCCUCGCUGAUCCUAUAUCUGAACGACACGAGUGCGCAGGCGUAUCACCGGUGGUACUCCCUGCACCAUCAAAGAGGGCCAGCCCAGGGCCCUGACCUGGACAGGAGGGGGACCGAGACCCCACGACUUUCUCGUCACCUUAGAGGUCAGGAAGUCCCCAGCUCGGAAUCCAAGAAGCCGCUGCUUCCGACUUCCUUCAACCUGAGUGAAUACUUCAGGCAGUUUUUCUUCCCCCCGGGUGAGUGUGAACUGCACGACUUUAGGCUCAGCUUUCGGCAGCUCAAGUGGGAUAACUGGAUAGUAGCUCCGCACAGGUACAACCCUCGAUUCUGUAAAGGGGAUUGUCCCCGCGCUGUGAGACACAGGUAUGGUUCUCCGGUGCACACCAUGGUACAGAACAUUAUCUAUGAGAAGCUAGAUUCGUCGGUGCCCAGGCCAUCAUGUGUGCCUGGCAAAUACAGUCCCUUGAGCGUCCUGACCAUCGAGCCGGAUGGCUCCAUCGCUUACAAAGAAUACGAAGAUAUGAUCGCCACCAAGUGCACCUGUCGGUAACCAAACCUGGGAGCCUAUCUGGCAGGAAUCGUAAUUCAGAUGGGAAACUGAUCGGCGCAAAAUGUUGGAUAGAAUUGCAGCUAUAAACAAUUCAG